AGACUUAGAUCGUGAGGUUCGUCGCCAAUCAGAACUCAGGCCCUCGCCUCGGAGGCUCACGGCAAGGCCAUCGACGGUCGCGAAACUUUUACGUUUCGCUUCCCACUCCGCAACUCACAACCUCGCGUAACAAAUUGCGCGCAGAGAACCGCACAAAAUGGUUCAUGCAGACGCGUCCGCCUUUGCUGAUGGCCUGACUAAGCAGGAGGUGUACGCGCAGGUCCUGGAGCAGGCCAGGGCGCUAUUCGAUGGGCAGAGGAAUUGGGUCUGCAACUUUGCAAACACAGCGUCCCUGCUCUGGCACGCAUACCACUCGCUGCCUGGCCCGUCGUCCAGCGUCAACUGGAGCGGCUUCUACUUCCUCAACCCGUCUCGCCCGCAGCAACUCCUGCUCGGCCCGUUCCAUGGCCAGGUAGCAUGCCAGACGAUCGCGUUUGGGCGCGGUGUUUGUGGCGCUGCGGCGAAGACUAUGCAGACGCAGCUCGUGCCUGACGUAGAGAAGUUUCCAGGACAUAUUGCGUGUGAUGGCGCGAGUAAGAGCGAGAUUGUUGUACCGAUUGUCAAGGAGGGGAAGGCCAUGGCCAUUAUCGACAUUGAUUGCGCUGAGGAAAACGGGUUCGAUGAGGAGGAUCAGAAGGCCCUUGAGCAGCUGGCUGCUCUACUUGCCGAGUCCUGCGAUUUCUGAGCGUGCGGCAGCAUGCGUGAGAUGGCGAUUUGGGAUUGAAGCGGUGUUGUCGUAAGAGGAGAGUUCAGUGGCCUAACAUGAUCA